CUCCAACCCUGCUUUGACUCAGACUUCUCUCCUUAGAGAUGAGGUUUAGCCAAAGGAGGGGCUCUGCUCCUCCCACUCACAGGCUUGUAUGCACAGCCCGAAGCCUUCUUCCAGCGGCUCUCAGUCAGCAAGGAUUUUCCAAAAGUCCCUUUUCCUCUUUGUAUCAUCCCCUACUCUCGCCCUCCUGAUAGCCUUCCCCGUGACAAGCUUGGCCACAAGCAGGGCAGGGAUGGGUUAAGGUACUUCAUCCCUCCAGCACACAGGAGACAUGUCUGGCAUAUGUCAUGGUCCCAGCUGCUGUUAUCUUCCUGAUAAUUCUCUCUGGCUGGCUCUACCGCCGCUGCUUCCAUCCCUAUCCCCAGUUCCCUAGAUGCUCUGCCUAUAAUCCCAGCCAGAUGAGACCCAGAUUUGGGCUGGCAAGUGUCCCGGCAGUGUGUAGAAGCACCAAAGUGUCCAACCAUCAGCUUCCUGGUGACCGAGCCCAUCAUCCCUCAAGCCACAGCUCCUGCCACCUUGAAGAUGUGUCCCGGCAACUGGCUCUGGGCCUCCAUGACGUUUAUGGCCCGCUUCUCCCGCAGCAGCUCAAGGUCCCCUGUUCGCACUCGAGGGAGCCUGGAGGAGAUGUCCUCCGCUCACCAUCCCUUCCUCAACGUCUUUGAGUUGGAGAGGCUCCUCUACACAGGCAAGACGGCCUGUAACCAUGCCGACGAGGUCUGGCCAGGCCUCUACCUCGGAGACCAGGACAUGGCCAACAACCGCCGUGAGCUCCGUCGCCUGGGCAUCACCCAUGUCCUCAAUGCUUCACACAGCAGGUGGAGAGGCACCCCGGAGGCCUAUGAGGGACUGGGCAUCCGCUACCUGGGUGUCGAGGCCCAUGACUCGCCAGCCUUUGACAUGAGCAUCCACUUUCAGACAGCUGCGGACUUCAUCCAUCGGGCACUGAGCCAGCCAGGAGGGAAGAUCCUGGUACACUGUGCUGUGGGAGUGAGCAGAUCGGCCACCCUGGUGCUGGCCUACCUCAUGCUGUACCACCACUUCACCCUUGUGGAGGCCAUCAAGAAAGUCAAGGACCACCGCGGCAUCAUCCCCAACCGGGGAUUCUUGAGGCAGCUCCUAGCCCUGGACCGGAGGCUGCGGCAGGGUCUGGAGGCAUGAGGGAACGGAAAUCGGGCCAGGUUCCUGGGUGGUUUCCUGGCUCCCAGCUGGGAAGAGGAGAGCCAGGUGGCAGGAGGUAGAAAGGCCAGACAACCCAUCCUCCCCCAGUGGCAGGAGAGGGAAGGGCCCCCAGGCCACUGUCCUCAUUGUGGAAGGGGAUGGAGAGCCAGAUUGGGCAGUGUGGUAGGUGGGGGCUGCUAACCCGGGAAGGAAACAGCUGGGCUGUAGGUAGAAGCUGGUUCUACGAUUAGGACAGCACCAGAUUCCAACAGGGUGGGCCCAGUGACUCAGAACCCCUUUUCUCUCAUUGUGUGCAAGUGUUUCCCCUCUCUCCCAUUCCAAACAAAGGGACCACUGCUGUGCAGUACCUGAGCAGUGUGGGGUCCCGGGGGUGUCAGCAUGCUGCAGCAGGGAUGUAAAGGAAGGUGUACAGGUUGCAGAAAACAGUGGAGAAAGAGUCGGGGAUGGGGUGGUGUGGAAGCCACAAAGCCCGAGGGAGAAACCUACAGGCGUGCAACUCCAGGACCAGGAGGUGUGGGAGGGCUGACGUGACACCCCAGGGGAGCUGCUCAAGGUCAAAGGAGGGACGCCGGUGAAUGGCUGUGAGUCUUUAGGUGGUCAUAUUCUCACUGAAAAUCAUGUGUCUGGAGUAAA